AAAUGAUUUUUAUAAAUAAUGGAAUUGCAUCCGGGGAAUUCAGUUGCCCACUCGCCAGCAACACUGAUACUUGCGCCAUCACUCCAACAUGCGGUCGUCCAUUUCCCUCGCAGUAGCUGCUCUUGCAACAGCCGUUUUUGCUACACCUAGUACCGAGAACCGUACGAUCGACGAGAUCUACCAAGCUGCCCUAAAUGAAGGAGGAGUUGUCACACUCUGGCAUGGCGGUGAUGAGAAAAAUCAGCAAGAUGGUUUGAAACAGGCUUUCGAGAAACGCUUCCCCGGCAUUACCCUGAACGUCACUGUCGAUUUAUCUAAAUACCACGACGGUCGUCUCGAUGAACAGCUCGCCAAUAAUGAUGUCCAAGUAGACAGUAUUAUCUUGCAGACGCUUCACGAUUAUCCUCGUUGGAAGGAGGAGGGUGCUCUUCUCAACUACAAGCCCCAAAACUUUGAGAGCAUCGCGUCUGAAUUCCAGGAUCCAGACGGCGCAUACUAUGGUUAUGCCAUCUUCGGCUGGACCACCACUUGGAAUACAGCCAAGUACAAUGGAAGUCUCGGUGAUUUCGCAGAUGCAUUACUGCCCGAGUUGAAGGACAAGCUCAUCCUCACCUACCCUAAUGACGACGACGCUGUGCUGUACGCUUUCGAUCUUGUAAUCAAAAAGCUCGGUAACGAAUGGUUCGAUGCUCUCGUCGCCCAAAACCCGACUUGGGUCCGCGGAAGUGCUACACCCGGGGACCAGCUUGCUCUAGCGAACAACUCGUAUGUUGCUGCCUUUGGAACAGGCGGCUUUUCUGGUCCCAAUGUAAACACCUCUUUGCCAACCGAUGCACCCUUCGUCACCUGGCCCCAAACUGCAGCCAUCCUUAAGGAUGCCCCUCAUCCCGAGGGCGCAAAACUGCUCCACAACUUCAUCCUCAGCGACGAGUGGCAAUUCGCUACACCACAGUGGACUGUCCGUACUGAUGCCCCUGCGAACUUUCCCGAUAUCUUCCAGGAGCCCAACACUAAUGUGACCGACUUCCUCCCCUGGAUGUUGGACAGGCCUAAUGUUGAGAGGCUCCGUUUCUGGUACGAGGCGAGACUCGGAACUGCCCAAGGACUCAGUCCUCUCGAGGAUGAUUUGUAAAUGCUUGUAAUUGAAAUUUUUCAGCGGCGCAUAUAUGCACACCAAUGUACGCCAGUGCGGUCUAUUACGGUGUUGCGAUAGAAACAUUGUACAUAUUCGCGACCUUCAAUAAAUUAUUAGACCAAUAUCUUACCAUUCUCUGAGAGUGCUUUACAGUUUCAGAGAUGAUGCGUUGUGUACAAGAAUUACGAGAGUAAUUGACACCAUGUAACCAGGGAAAAUUAUACAAGACUAAGAAAAAAUGACG